UGUGUUUCUGUUCCUGGUCAACAGCACGGGAAGUUUUAUAACAGCAGGGUUAUAUAGAAAGUCUUACCAUGUAAAUUUAGAUUUACCUUUAGCUUUACAGAAGAAAAAAAAAUGGUUAAUCUCGGUCUCACCAAAGUGGACGAUGCAGUGGCUGCAAAACAUCCGGGUUUAAGUAGUUAUGCAGCCUGUCAAUCUCAUGCUUUCAUGAAAGGGACCGGCACUUUUGUACUUGGUGUUGGCGUUUUAUUUGCCGUUCAGAAAGCUCUCCAGAGGAAGCUCCCUUAUCCUCUUCAGUGGAACGUUCUUAUUUCAGUAGUGGCAUCAUCAGUGGGAAGUUAUGCAGUGACUCGCUGGGAAACGCAGAAAUGCUCAGACCUCUGGAUGCUAAUAGAAACAGGAAAAGUGCCGGAUAGAUCGCCACCUGAGGUACCAAAACCAGAAGAACCAAAAGGACCUGGGAAGACAAAAUAUGGUGAUGUGAUGGAAUAAAUAUAGUUUUAAAAAAAAU